UAAAACACAUACAAUAUGAUCUCGAAGGUCGCCGUUUUGGUGUUGGUUGUGGAUAUCAUCCUCGCCGACUCCGCCGAGCGCUACGAGUACGCCCCUCCCGCCUCGUACCAGCCCGAGAAAGAGGGGAAAAGACCAUACGACUUCGAAUACAACGUCAAGGACGACUACGCCGGCACUGAUUUUGGUCAUAACGAAGAAUCCGACGGCAACACCGUGCGGGGAUCAUACACCGUGCAGCUUCCCGACGGACGUAAACAGACGGUGACCUACGUGGCUGACCCUUACAACGGCUACCAGGCUGAGGUCAGCUACUACGGCGAGGCCCAGUACCCUAGAGAGUACGGCGCCCCCGUUACCUUCAGGCCCCAGGCACCAUAUCAGCCCCAGCCUUCAUAUCAGCAGCCCUCUUACCAGUAGCCGGUAAACAGCCAGCACAGUAUUUAUAAACCAUGUAAUCAAGUACUUGUUUUAAAUUAGUUAAGUUAUAUUAAAAAAUAAAUAAAUCAGAGAUCUCUG